UCCGGUAUUUCCACCAAAACUGACAAAACAACACCGUUAACUCCAGAAGAGAAAUCGGAAAUCAUAUGCCAGGAUGACAGGGUUAUCAUGGUUAUAGCUCAAACUACAAUAGUUUAGUCACUUGUCAAGCAGAGCACCGUCCUAUAUACCUACCACAUAAGCUGACUUAUCCGUCUGUAGUAUUCAACAAACGCCAAUAUACAUGAUUAUUAUUGAAAGAAGGCCUUCACCAACUUAAUACGAUUUGGGCACAUUGAAUGAUUAGCGCAUCGGGAGUGGCGGAGUAUAUUUGCAUUGUGACUUUGACAAUUGUUAUAAACAAAAGGUGAACUUUUAGCCGUUUUGCGUCCAUACUGCAUUUCUACAAGAUAAUUGAUUCUAUUGUCGACACCGAACUAGCAGCGAACAUGACGACAUCGGCCGAUUCGUUGAUGUGGUCAGGCAGACUCACGACCACGGCUUCGACGUCGUCUUCGGACUCGGAUACGGGAUCGUUCGCCAAUCAGUCGCUGCUGUCGGGGGAAGAUUACCUGACCCAGGGAGACGUUUCAGAUCCCUGCCUCAAUCAAGGGACUCAGCUUCGGGAUGAGAUACGAUGCAGUAUCAUACAGAAAAGGAUACAGAAGGGCCUAGGGGGUAUUCGGCUGGAUUGGAAGGCAAAUGGACAAGAAUCGCUUUCAAAAGAGGAAGAGGCCAAGCGGAGACAACGUCGAGAAAGAAAUCGAGUUGCUGCUUCGAGGUGCAGAGAGAGGAGGAGAGAGCGAACUUUUGUCUUGGUCGAGGAGACCGACCAACUGGAGAGUAGCAAGCAAGACCUCCUGGACGAGAUCGACCAACUUGAAGAACAAAAAUCGCAACUCCUCGCUGUUCUCACCGAGCACGAUCACAGUGGGCAAUGUCAUAGACAUGCGCAGGCCGAGGAACUCCACAUUGACCCCUGACGUCAUCCAUAUUGACCCCAUGACGUCAUCCACAACAUCGAUGUGGAGACAUUUAAACUUUUUAUCGACGUCGUCACAUGAGAGAGGAUGGCGAUUUAUAUCGAAGUUGAUCUAAAUACGACAGAACAGACGAAGAACCUGACUCCAUGAUGAUUGCUCGAGAUCACUGUGACUAUUCUUACGUGUAAUUAUGAUCAUAGGCGUAGGGGCGGGGUGGCUAGGGUGCCGCAUCCCAGCCCCUACCCCUCCCCUGGGUAGGAAUUUUAAAACUGUUAUAUUCGGACAACCGUGUCACCAUCUAAAAUGUUGGCAGCGAAAAAGUGUUAACUUAUUUGAACGUUUGUGUCGCUCGCGUUCGGAAAAUCUAUAAUCUGAAAAUAUAUUCGAGUCAAAGCCCGCCCCUCCCCCCUCUCCCCCUCUCCCCCACUCGCGAAAAUAUAUGCCCACGUCCACACGUGAACAAAGCCAAAGAACAUUUAUCAUUUGAUUGCAAUUUUUAAAACAGAGCAUUAAAGACCAAAGAAUAUUAUUGAACACGUAUGAUAUCUGAAGUUCUUUCAACCCAUUUUAAGAAGGUGGAUCAUUUUGGAUGAAAUAUCGUUCAUAAACCCUCGAAAAGAAAAUUAAAGAAUAAAGGAAUUUCAAGAAUGUGAAAGCUAUAGUUAAAACCAAUAGCGGAUUAAUGAAUAGACAUUUGUACUAAUUGUAAUGCCUAUGCUAGUGAACAUGUGCAACCAUUAGGUCUCCUUCUGUAUGCUUUAUUUGAUUAGCAAAUACCACAGAAUGGAGGGGAAACUUAGUAAAAAUAUAACAAUAAAAAAAGGUUGAAUGUUUAUUCAUCAAACCAACCAUUAUACUGCCUUAGCUUUGAUUAUAGCAAUGACAUGCAUACGAGGUAUUUUCAUACACAUACUUAUUGGAUUCUACACUGUCGCUCAUAAAGUUGGAAUAUUUUUG